UUUGUUGUCUAUGCUUCAAGGCCGUCGGUGUUUAUUUUUUUUAACUUCUAGCUGCUUCUAGUUUUUCAACUUUAACAAAUAAAAUAAAAGUUUAGAAUGAAUAUAGUUUAAAAUUCUUGUCUCAAGUUUCCUUAGAAAAAGACAAAAUUGCAAUUAAAUAUUCGUAUGUAAAAACAUCUCAAUAGAAAUGGAAUAUGUGAAUCUGCAAUAAGGGUAGAUCAAUAAAUUGAAAAAAAACUUCGACGUUAGUUAAAAUUCUGUUAAGAAUUGUGCAGUAUCCAUUAAUAAUAACAGAUGCAGUCUCAGCUUGCAGCCGCAUUAUUAGGGCAUAAUACUAAUGCAACCUCUACUCCGAAUCACUUAGAUGACGAUGAGCAUAAUAGUUUUCGCGAGGAGGACACAGAGGUGGACCAAGAAGAAUUCGAUGAGGAACCAGAGAUUGAACAUCCACCUGAAACACCUGCGGAAAAUGGAAAACCACCUGUCGAAGUUAGACAAGUUGUUGGGAAGGAUCCCAGCAAUAGGACAGUCACUUUACAGAUGCUCUUGUCUGCCGGUAUCUUAAAACCGGGAUCCGGUGCUAUGACCAUAGAGUAUUUAGGUCAAAAAUUUGUUGGUGAUCUUCUGGAGGACGGCAAGAUACGCAGUCAAGAGACUGAUAUAGUUUUCGCGUCGCCGAGCGCUUGGGCUAUAGCUUGUAAAAGGUUUAUUAAUCCAGACAAGAAAUCUGGAUGUGGUUGGGCUUCUGUCAAAUAUAAAGGAAAAAAAUUAGACGCCUAUAAGAACGUAUGGUAUAAAAAGAAAAAAGAGGAGGAGAAACAGCUAGAAAAAGAAGCUCAAGUAGCCAACAGCCUAAAUUUGGAACAGCUGCUGAAAUCAUCUACUUCAGUUCCUACAUCGACUGCUACAAGCAGUCAUACAACAAUGUUUCAGAGAUUUGUUGUUAAACAUAACACCAUAGCUAACAGAACAUUAACUCAUGAUGCCAACACUAUGAUAGAAUGUGUUCCGUUUUCGAAUUUGGGAAAGAUCCAGCCAUUUCUGAUAUCUCUGCACACCAAUGCUGCCCUGUUAAUGGAUUUUCACUGUCAUCUAACAAAGUCAGAGGUCUGUGGAUACCUGGCAGGUCAUUGGGAGGUCAAUUCUCACAAUCUUCAAAUAACACACGCCUACCCGUGCAGAAACACCAAAGCAGAUCGAACUAAUGCACCACAAGUUGAAGCUGACAUAGCUAAAACUAUAGAAAGAGAAAAACUGACUCUAGUUGGAUGGUACCACUCUCAUCCAUUUGCCGCUGCAGCACCAACUUUGAGAGAUAUAGAUGCCCAGCUAGACUACCAAAUCAAAAUGAGAGGCGCCCAUGAUAACAGCUAUACUCCCUGUGUUGGUAUUAUUAUAUCUCCAUACAAUUACGAAAAUGUCAGUUUGGAAUCGUCGAUCAUGGCCUACUGGGUGAUUCCCCCACCCGAAAUGAAACCCAACGAAUAUGGCCGUCCCAUGCUCAUGUCUUACAGCGUCAUUCAAGACAGCGUACUCUCACCAUACAUCAGAGACGAAAUAACCAGGUGCAUCAAUUACUACGAAAAAGAAUCCGAUUUUGUGAAUUUCACUGAUAAAUUUAUCGGCAACACCCUGUACAUUGAUAAGUUAAAGAGCACGAUGAUCUCGAAGUUUCCCAGAGAUGAAAGCGAGACAGACAUCUGGAGGUUUAUCAGAGAAAGCUUGAAAUGUUCUUCGGACGAGAAGGAGCCCCUUAUUUCGGUACCUUCAGUAACCAAAUCCAGUCAUAUGCUUCCUUCUUUAAAUUCGUCUUUGGGGUUAAAUUCAGGCCUAGGAAUGUUGCCUACGGAUAUUUCCAGUUUGUUGUUUAACGCUGGAAAGUAUUCCAGUCCUAGUAGUUUGUUGGGUUUGCCAGAUCCGAUGGCUCACAGUACUUUGGCAGCUAAUAACAUGUUCCUACAAAGUAAUUUGUUUAAAAUGCAAGAAUUACUAAAACCAUUCUCACCUACGGGCAAUAGUUCUGGACAUAGCAAGUCUUCCAAGUCUCAUGAUCACUCUAAAGUUCAUUCUUCAACACCCCUCAAAAUACCUACGGAUAUCAAAACCACCAAACCCCCAGACUACUCUAUGGACUUUCUACAUUUCAAAGACAAAAUGCACUUCCUCUCUCCAGAACUGAACAUUCCCAAAACAUCUGCAAAGGAUUUUUCUUCGGAAUAUCUGGCGAAUCUCACUAAAGCCACGAAACAUGCUGAUUUUUACGUACCUAACAUAAGUAUAACGAAAACGAGCUCAAAUACAAGCAUGACAACGAGUGCAAGUGAUUAUUCGUUGAACUUAAGCAGGCCUUCGCCAACCCCGAGCACAGAGAGUGAAGAGAAACCAUCGAAAAUACCGAAAAUGGAUCUGUCGAGUAAUAUGCUGGAUUUGAGCUACCCCAAAACUAACGCUAGUGUUGCCUCAGAUACCGUGAGCGAGGCUCCGACUGAUUUGAGCAUGCCGGAAAACACUGUCAGUGAAACUCCGGAAGAUGCACCCUUAAAUCUAGCAGGGGAUAUGGGUUUGUUAUUUGCCAAAUUGUGGAGCCUAUUUGGCAAUGAAGAGCAUAAAAUUGUUAUUGUCGGACUAGACAAUGCAGGAAAGACAACAAUAUUGUAUCAGUUUUUAAUGAAUGAAGUUGUUCAUACAAGUCCUACUAUAGGAUCUAAUGUAGAGGAAGUCGUAUGGAGGAAUAUACAUUUUAUUAUGUGGGAUUUAGGUGGCCAGCAAUCAUUAAGGGCUGCCUGGAGUACUUAUUACACUAAUACAGAGUUUGUGAUAGUUGUAGUAGAUUCCACAGACAGGGAGAGACUCUCAGUGAUACGAGAAGAGUUAUACAAAAUGUUGGCGCACGAAGAGCUGUCUAAAGCUGGUGUUUUAGUAUACGCAAACAAACAAGAUGUAAAAGGUUCAAUGACUGCCUCCGAAAUAUCAAAAGAGCUUGACUUAACGUCUAUCAAACAACAACAGUGGCAUAUACAGUCGUGUUGUGCACUUACAGGCGAAGGUUUAUAUCAAGGGUUGGAAUGGAUAGCAAACAGGCUAAAGAAGAAAUGACGGCAUUUAAUUUUUUAGUUUUAUUCUUUUUUCUCGAUUUAUACAUAAUAACACUUGUAAAAAACUACUUCCCGGGAUAAUAGUUCAAAACAUAUUUUUUAUAUUUAUAUUAUUUUGUGUAUUAGGUGAAUUUUUAUUUAUAGAACGACAGAAAAAAUAUGUUUUGAAUACGUUGAUUUAGUAAAAUAAACUGAUUGAUUUCUCAUAUUGAGAAGGCCAGAAAUUUUCAAAGACCAAAACAAAAGUGGAACUGUUGAAGCUAGCGAAUUUUGAGUUCCUGUCAAGUUGGUCUCAAGACGCCAAAAUAUAAAUUUUAUAAAGUAAAUUUAAUCUAUUAUUUGUGAUAUAGGAGUAAAAUAAAG